UCUCCAGUGCUAUUCUUAGCCUCUUCUCUUCAUGCUAACAGUUUAGACGGUGAGUUACAAGAUUUGCAGUUACAAGACUGUUCUAAGAAGCUACUAAACGUUUCAAAGCUGCUGAUAUCUGACAGUUACCUCCAAGGUGGACCACUCAAAACAACCAAGAUGGCGGACAGGGAACGUGAGCCUCAUGGGAUGGCCUUUAGCAGAAGCCCACAAGACAUUUAUGAAAAUAUUUUAAAGAUGGACAGAGAGAAGAAAAGAGAAACAUUUAGAAAGUAUUACACCAUCCUAGCUGCUGUGACUGAAGUGUAUGAUCAGCACCCGUAUGUUUUACUCAUCUUUUUUGUCAACUAUUUGCUUGAGAUGGGCCAGGAAGUGACCUCUAGAAACUUAAUCAGCUGUCUAGACCAGCUGGACAGCUCGUCCACUUUGUUCUCACAGCUGUACGACACAGACGAUGAGAGUGACAUACGGGCAUUGGCUGGCUCUCAGAAACAGCCUGAUGACACCAGGAACAGCCUAGGUGCAGCAGACAGCAGGAACAGCCUAGGUGCAGCAGACAGCAGGAACAGCCUAGGUGCAGCAGACAGCAGGAACAGCCUAGGUGCAGCAGACAGCAGGAACAGCCUAGGUGCAGCAGACAGCAGGAACAGCCUAGGUGCAGCAGACCAACCUGUAGUUCCAUCUUCCGAUCAAGUUUCAGUCAGUCCAUCAACAACCCACUCAAACACAGCACACAAUGGACCGAGUGACCACUCAAACACAGCACACAAUGGACCGAGUGACGUCAGCAGUGUGCACACAGCCCCAAGCUGUGACGUGGUAGACAAGCCUAACCAUGUGCAGGGAGCUAACCAUGUGCAGGGAGCUAACUCCCCCAGAAAUGUCCAGCAACUGCCCAGCUACGAUGAAGUGGAUGGGGAGCUAUUGGCCAGGUCAAGAGCCAGCGUCCCACACAACGUCAUCUCAGGUCCAGCUAAACGUGCCCAGCUGACCAGCAGCAGGACAGAGGAGACGCCUUGUGCUGAGGCGGCCUCAGCCAACACUGAGGACCCAGCACUCAUUAAAGAGAGGCUGUUGGCUGUCAAGAAUGAGAAUAAAAUCCUGGAGGAUUACAAGCGGUGCCUGCAGUGCCACAGGAACCCGCGUGGUGUCACCUUCUUGCCGUGUGGACACUUCACCACAUGCAGGGAGUGCUCUGGCCCCAUGUACGUCUGCACAUUAUGUAACAGGAAUAUACUGGCCACUGUGGACACAUAUCUCAGCUAAAGUUUGGUAUAAAGUUAUUUAUUGAAAGUUA